UGCACUACCACUGUUUUCAAACAAUUCACAGUAGAGAUGGCUUCAAUUGUCUCUUACAUGCUUCUUCUAAUGCCCCUUCUCAUUAGCUCUCUCAUGGUUGCUUCUGCUGGUGACUUCAACAAAGACUUUGACAUAACUUGGGGAGAUGGUCGCGCCAAGAUACUUAACAAUGGAGAGUUACUCACUCUCUCACUGGACAAAGCAUCUGGUUCAGGAUUCCAAUCCAAGAACGAAUAUCUCUUUGGGAAGAUUGACAUGCAGCUUAAGCUCGUUCCAGGAAACUCUGCUGGCACUGUCACUGCCUAUUAUUUAUCUUCAAAAGGAGCAACUUGGGAUGAGAUAGACUAUGAGUUUCUAGGAAAUUUGAGUGGUGACCCUUACAUUCUUCACACCAACGUUUUCAGCCAAGGCAAAGGGAACAGGGAACAACAAUUCUAUCUAUGGUUCGACCCAACUGCUGAUUUCCACACUUAUUCUAUAACAUGGAAUCCUCAGCGUAUAAUAUUCUCGGUUGAUGGCACUCCCAUUAGAGAGUUCAAGAACUCAGAGAAUAUUGGUGUCCCCUUCCCAAAGAACCAGCCCAUGAGAAUAUAUUCUAGUUUGUGGAAUGCAGAUGAUUGGGCAACAAGAGGUGGACUUGUCAAGACAGAUUGGACACAAGCUCCAUUCACAUCUUCCUACAGAAAUUUUAAUGCUAAUGCUUGCGUUUGGUCUUCUGGAGCAUCAUCUUGUGGUUCUUCAAGUUCUACAUCUAAUGCUGAUACUAGCAGCUCCUGGCUUUCACAGCAGUUGGAUGCUACAGGCCAAGAGAGGUUAAAGUGGGUGCAGAAGAACUACAUAAUAUACAAUUACUGUACAGACACAAAGCGCUUUCCACAGGGUCUUCCUCCAGAAUGCAACGCCUCUUAAAGAGAAAAUAGAGCAGCACAUUCGUUAUAUUUUUCUAUAAUCAGUAGAAUUCAAAUAUUGGUUUAUUGAUGCAUGCUAUUGAGUUUAAUUCUUUCAUUUGUUUCCUCUUCUGUAAUCACUAUGUUAACAAUUAAGGCCAUUCUUAAGAGGUAUAUGUAUAUCCAUUUUAUAAUAAAAGAAGAUUCUUUUCU